AUGCCUCUAACUGAACAGGAAAGGAGAGUGCUCAACAGAAAGCUAACACCUUCCUUUGAAAGCAUCUACGAACUAACUGCUCCCCAGGGUUAUAAAAUCUCCGAAGUCUUUCAUAAAUUACCUGAGAGAAAACUUGGUGAUUAUUAUCGAAUGAUAAAGAAACCUUUAUCUUUGCAUUUGAUUAAGACUUACCUCAACAAAUUGAAAUAUCAAUCUGCUAACGAGUAUAUCCAAGAUCUAGCUCAAAUUAUUUGGAAUGCUAAAUUCUAUAACAUUAAAAACUCUGAGAUAUACAACUGUGCCAUUAUUUUAGAGAAAUUCACCAAGAGUAAAAUUAUCCCCAGUUUGAAAAAUAUCAAGAUCAUAAAAGAAAUCGACAAAAAUAUUUAUUAUCCUGAUUUAGGCCCAUUGCCUGAUUCAGAUGAUUCAGAUGAUACCUCCUUAACAAUUCAUAAAACUAACAACAUCAAUAAAAAAACUAGCAGUAACAAAAUCAAUAUCAAAAUCAAUUCAAGUGUAAAUCUAAAUAAUAAUAACAAUAAUAACAUCAACAACACCAGUAAUAGUAAUGAAACUUCAAACGCCUUAAAUGAUGAUGAUCUAUUCGCUACUAGCCCUCUCAAUGAUGAAGAAAAUGAUUAUGACAUCUCUCAAAAUUUUAAUAACAAUUCAAUCCCAUUGUCUGAUCAAGAAUAUAUUCCAGCAAAUCCUUCAAUUCAACUUAAUCCUCUUAAUAAAUCAUUAUCUGUCAUACCAAACACUCAAAAGACCCGUAAUCCAAACAAUCAAAUCAAUAUCCCUGUUAGUUAUAACACUGUCACCAAUAAUCCAAUUGUUAGCAAAACUAAUUCCAAUGCAAUUACAAAUAAUACCAUUAAUAAUAUUCAGAAUAGUAUCGCCACUACUACCAGUGCUCCAAUUGUCACCACUAACAAUACAAAAAGAAGAAGACCUCCCAUCAUCAAUAAACCUCAUGAAAAUAGGAUCAAAAACAUUUUCAGAUUAAUUAAAAAAGAAAAAUAUGAAAUCGAUACAAAUAAUCCAUUUUACUAUUACAGUUUAUAUGAAAAGAUCCCUUUGCCUUAUAUAAUUGGUCCACCUAAAAAUGAUCAAAAUGAUGAUCCAAGAUCAAAGUUUUUCUAUCAAAUCUAUAACACCAUAGUUGAGAAUUCUAUCUCGAAGAAAUCCAUCACUUUAGACACAAUAAAGCUAAAAAUUAGGAAAAGAGAUUACAAAUCCUUGGUAGAAUUCCUUAAUGAUUUGAACAUCUUGUUUAAUAACUUCAAAAAUUACUUCCAAGCUUCUUAUCAAUUCUAUCUAAAUCAAAAUAAACUUCUCAAUAACAAUAUCAACAAUCAGCAACAGCCCUACAGCAAUAUUAUCAUUAAUGAAAUUGAAAAGGCAAAUAUGCAAUUCAACUUACGUACUGUUUUAUCCUUUGAAGCUAAAACAAAUGAAAUCAUCAAGGAAGAGGAAAAGGCUACACUUUUAACUCAGCUCCAUACAAACCUUCAUCCUUCUAAACUGAUCAAAUUUCCUCUUGAUAGUUUCACCAAAGAUGGUAAAACUUACAAAGUAGGUGACUGGAUAUUAAUCAAAAAUAAAAAUGAUGAUAACGACCCAAUAGUUGGUCAAUUAUUUAAAAUUUGGGAAUUAAAAGAUGGCACUAAAUAUAUUAAUGCUUGCUGGUAUUAUAAACCACAACAGACUGUGCAUAGAGUCGAUAGAAUGUUUUACGAAAAUGAAGUAUUUAAAUCAGGUCAAUAUAGAGAUCAUUUAGUAGAUGAUGUUAUAGGGAAAUGUUUUGUUGUUUUCUUUACAAGAUAUCAAAAAUCAGAAAUCAAUUUUGAUUAUGAACCUCCUUUAUUCAUUUGUGAAUAUAGGUAUUCUGAUAAUGAUAAAAUUUUUAAUAAAAUUAGAACUUGGAAAGCUUGUUUACCUGAAGAAGUAAGACAUUUGGAGGAUUCAAUGACUUAUAUUCCUUUAAAACAAAACAGAACGUUUCAAAAAUAUGAUAGUCCUCUAAAACAUUUAUUACCUCCAAAUGCAACAUAUAAUGAUCCAAUCCCUGAACCAACCAUGGGCCAUAAUGACGCUCCACCUUUAAUCGGUUCUGUUUAUUUAAGAGAUCCAAUUUCAAAUGAAAAUUUGGAUAUCGAUCAUUAUGGAGUUGAAAAUAGGUCAAAUAGAAGAGAUAAAAUGAUGAAAUCAAAAAAUUCAUCAAAUAUUAAUUCGCCUCUGAUUUCAUCAAAUGUUUCAAGAUCUAGCUCGCCUUCGGUUGGAAAUAUUAAUAAUAAUGGACCAACAAGAUUAUACGGUUUACAACAAGUUUCAAAUUUGAAUACUUUAAAUGGAAAUGCUAAUUUUAAUAAUAAUUAUCAUAGCAAUUAUAACCCAAACUAUAAUUAUAAUAAUUUUAAUAAUAAUUAUAAUAGUAAUUAUAACAAUAUGAUAAAUAAUAUGACCUACAUUAAUAACAUGAAUAAUGUGAAUAAUGUGAAUAAUAACAUUAACAAUAUUAAUAAUAUUAAUAAUGCCAAAAUAAAUUAUGGUUUAGGUCAGAUGCCGAUUGCAAAUUCUUCUAAUCAACCAUACUCUUAUUAUAACACACAAAAUCAGCCUUAUGGAUACAACCAAAACAUAAAUUCAAUUGCACAACAACAAAAGAGAAUUAUGCAGCCAAUGAAUCAAUACCAAAAUGCUCAGCAGCUCCAGCAGCAGCAACUCCAACAACAACAACAACAACAAAUAAAUCAAUCUUCUCAAAAAAUUUAUAAUGCUAAUAAUAAUAAUUAUGGGGAUGGUAAAAUAAUAACUAUUAACUCAACUGCGGGUUUAACAUUUUUAUUGAAUCCGGUUUUUCAACAGGCGUUAAAUGAGAAAUAUUCUGAAAAUAGCAAUAUUUACAAGAUGGAUAAGUUUAAUACAUAUAGAAAGUUUAAUCAUACUUCCAAUCUUAGUAAUGGGAAUUUCAAUAGGAGGAUCGAUUUAGAAAGUGGAACAGAAGGAUCAAUAAUUUGGUAUAAAAAUCCUCCCUUAUUUAUUCCCAAUAGGAUUCAGAAUAGUGAUAUUUUGAACCGAAAUUUGAAUAAAAAGGGGGCGCUUUAUGAUCAGCAUGGGCAUAAAAAUGAUCACAACCAUAAUGAAAAUGGAAAAGAAAAUGACAAUGAAGACAAAAAGAACUUGGGUAAUCAUGCAGUAAAUGAAAAUGUUAGAUGUUCACAUAGUAUUGAAUAUUUAGCAUAUGCUAUCAAGAAACGAAAAUUGAAUAAGAAGAUAGAUUCUGUAACAAAUAAUGUUAAAGAGGUUGAGGUUUAA